UCGCCAUCAUCCUCAAAACAUGACAGAUCGUUGACAGUCUGUUCUCGCAUUGAGCGGAGGAGUUGCGUUCACGUAUUUUAAAAGAAGAAGGAAGCUUGUACGACCGCUGCUGGUUGCUGGUACACAAAAACGGAAUCACAAAAUCCCAGCAUAGUGCUCACUAAUAAUUAAACAUCACCUAGUAUAUAUGGAUGCUAGCGAUUCCAUUGCGAACGACUUGCAGGAAGUGCCAAAUGGCGAUCCGGCAUCCUAUUGUCGACUGUGCCUCUCUAAUAUUGACGUGGAGGCUCUUUUCCCCGAUGGGCAAGGUGCCCGUCAAGAAGUGAUCGAUCGGAUUCACGAAUGCACUGGGAUUCAGAUCACAGUCGACGAAGAUUAUGCGUCGUCGGUAUGCUGGUUGUGUUCGCUAUCGCUGGAAGAAUUCCAGCGCUUCCGAGAACGAUGUCAUCGUUACGAUAUUUUGAUCCGUCAGAAACGGAAGGCGCCACAAGUUUUAGUCGGAUCUGUUGCAGCUAAUAUUAGCUAUCAUGUGGAUUCAGAAGACGACAACAGUUUCGAUGACGACUACGAUGGAGAAGGUGACGACGGUGACGGGCCUGGGUUACUUCGUAUCACGUCGGUACAGGAGGGGUUUGAUUCCGUUGAGGUACAAUCAAACGAAAGUUUGCUGGAAGAGACUUCCUUUCAGCCGGAUGAGGAAGAUGUGAAACCAGAUCAAGAUACGUUGGCUUCUUAUGCUGAGAAUUUCAGACAACUCAACAAUAGUUCUGAGACUUUAGAUUCAAAUGCGGAAACAAGUGAGCGCCGUUUCAAGUGCAAUAUGUGCAGCAGAAGUUUCAAAAACCGUGCGAAUCUCUGGGAGCAUAACCGACUUCACACCGGAAAGCUUCCAUUUGACUGUAAUGAUUGCGGGACCACAUUCAGUCGGGUUAAAUCUCUUGAAGCUCACCGUGAAAAGUAUCACUCCAAGAAUUCGACCGAAGAUCCGCCGUUGAGAUUGAAAUGCCAAUUUUGUCCCCGAGUCUUCCCUCGCAAGGGUGAUCGUACGCAGCACAUGAAAAUGGGUCAUCCGGAUCAGUACAAUCCGAACGAUAAAAUGGAUACCCCAAGCCCUGUAAUCUCAAAGGAUAGAUCUACACCAGCAAUAACAUCAUCAAUGCCGGAGAAGUCCUCCCCUGUAGUGAAGAAAUCAAUUUCCACCAGCACUCCAACGCCAAGCCCUGUACCAGAUUCGGCAGCUGCUCGUUUCUGCUGUAAUUUAUGCACCAAGAAUUUCCAAUCAGUUCAACAACUAGAAGAUCACAUCGGGCUUAUGCAUCCGAAAGAUGGUAUCCUCAAAUGUUCCCUUUGUCCGAAGACGUUCAAGUCAAGACAAACGUUACGAAUGCACAUCCUAAAUCAUCAGGGAAAACUUCCUUACAAAUGUGACGAUUGUGGUUCUCGUUUCGAUCGUCGCUUCUAUUUGCAGAAACAUCGGGAUAAGUAUCACGAAGGAGACGAUUGUCAGGCAAUUCAGUGUCGCUUCCGGUGUAAAUUCUGUCCUCGAAUAUUCCACCGUAAAAUUGAUCGCAAAACCCAUACUCGAAUGGUUCACUUAAAGGAGAUAAAGGUUAAGAAGGAAAAAAUAGAACAAACCCUAUCAGCUAUUCAAUGUCCUACGAUGGAAGACGAUGGCGAAGCAUCCGUACACACAGAAGUUACCGUGAAUGCUUCGCCAGCUGAACCUAGUUUCGAAUGCCUUCAGUGCGGUGAACAUUUCCCCACGUCAGCAAUGCUUCAAGAACAUACCGAUGAUCAGCAUAAGAAAAAAAUCCAACAACAGGACGUUAAACCAGUACUUCCGUUUCGAGCACCCCUAGCAUCGAGAAUGAUGAAAAUCAAACCAAUUAGAUCUUCGAUGAACGUUCGGCGACCAUAUAAGUGUCCAUAUUGCCCCAAGACUUUCACACAAAAUUAUGUAAUGAAGGAGCACACAUUCAUCCAUACCGGCUCACUCCGUUACCGGUGCGAUGAGUGCAUGGCGAUGUUCAAUCGACCGCACUAUCUGCGUGCACAUAAGCAAAAAUAUCACGGCCAGAACAGCAAAUUCAGAGCCCUCAAGUGCCGCUACUGCACGCGUAGCUUCGUUCGAAAACAGGAUAUCAAAAUUCACGAGCGUAUUGCCCAUGGCGUUAUCAGUGCCGGUAACGUUGAAAGAGAAAUACUAGAGACGGAGCGCAACGGCGGAGAAAGUGAUGGUGCUGCGGGUACCGAGGACAAUGCUGAUGGGGAACUGGAACCCGAAGAGGACGUUGACAUGAUCGACGAGGACGAUGAUGAUUUAGGCGAAGAAGUGGACCUCGAUGAUGGCAUUGGCGAUAUCGAUGGCGGCGGUGAUAUCGAUGACAUAGGUGAUAUCGACGGCGAUCAAGACGACGACGAAGAUGGCGAUGAGGUAGCUUUAGAUGCAGAAUCGAUCGAAGAUGAUCCGGAGAUUCGUGACGUUGUAGUUACGCUGGAACGCAUUCCCGAAGAUGUACUACAGACACUGGAUAAUUCCAACGAAGACGACGAGGCAUCGGUCGAUGUGGAAUCCGCUGGAAGUGUUCCACCGACUCCGCGUCUAAACGUCACGCUACAUCGGUGCCCAAAGUGCUUGAAGGUGUUCAAGACACGCAAAUCAUUAAAACAUCACAUGAUCUACCAUCAGAACCAGCUUCCCUUCUCAUGCGAUGAGUGUGGCGUUCAGUUUGCUCGGAAUCGGCCUCUGCAGGUACACAAACAGCGGUACCAUUCGGAAGAUGCUCCCUACACUGGUAAACGGUUCAGCUGCGAUUACUGUCCGCGAAUAUUCCUGCGUGAUAGAGAUAAAAUGUUUCACCAGAAAACCGUGCAUUCCAUGGAAAAAAGCUAUGCUAAUCGAGAUGAAAGUACUCCAGAACUGAAAAAGUCUAAGAUCAAGAAACGUAAAGAUUACGUUUGUGUGGUAUGCUGUGAUCGCUACGAAUCGGAGAAAUCUUGCCAGCGUCACAUAAACGAAUUCCAUCCAUCAGAGGCGCUUCCGAAGACCCCAUCAGAAUCUCCAGUACCAAGUGGACUUGCAACUCCGGUUAAACUGGAGCCUGGAACAGAAUCAGAUGAUUACGGGAACUCUAUCAUUCCACAUUCACUUCUGCCACCGUCAGCACCACCUCCCUUGAUAUUGAAUCCUGGCCUUCGACCUUACAAACUGUGUCGCUGCACAACCUGUGUAGCCAUUUUCAAAACCCGCGAACACUGGAACGAACACAUUCAAAUGCAUCCCAAUGUGCGUCCGCACCACUGCGAACAGUGCCUGUUUAGGCGCAAAAGCCGCUCGAACCGGAAGGUGACGUCAGUCGGAUUCAAGUGUCAGCACUGUCCGAAGGUGUUCACCAAGGCUAGCUCGUUGCGGACGCAUCAGCGAUUGCAUACGUCCGAGCUGCGUUUCCCGUGCGACGAAUGCGGCAUGAUGUACGACCGUUAUCGGCUGCUACAGCUCCACAAGGAGAAGUAUCACUCGGAAGACGCGAUGCAGUAUCCGACGCCGGCAACCUUCCGUUGUAUGUACUGUCCAAGAACGUUUAUGCGGCAGCGCGAUUGCAACUUCCACCAGGAGUCGGUGCAUGCGACCUAGAACAUCACAAGUGAGAACAGACAUGAGAGAUUUUGGCCGCAGAAUAUGCGAAAUUACGGCGCUAAAGUGUUUUAAGUAUUAUUGACUACAUGAUGCAGCACCCAGCAGAUUACAUUAUCAUCAUUAUUUUUUAAUAUUUUUGUUUAUAUUAUAUACUUAUUUUAUACAUUGUGAUGAGCGAAAUUUUCACAGAACCAGACAAAACAUUUAUAUUAAAAUUAGUGCUAUUAUAUUAUUCCUUUCCUGCUAAAUACUUAAUAAAAUUGAGUAAGAUCUGAUGCCCAGUGCGUAAAUCUUCGUUAGUUUCUAUCACUGAAUACUUCUAAUUAGAAUUUCGAUAUUCUUCAAUAGCAUACACUGCCUAUAAUCGCAAGAGCGUCCCAUGUAGAAAGGGAAUCCCAUGGGAACAUGGGACUGACUGGCGUUUAUAAACAGUACAGUACUCAAUACACUUCGCUCGAUU